AUGGAGAGGCAUCGGCUACAGGGACUUCCAGAAGCGGGCUUCUACAUACCCAAUUUUGUCAGCAUGGAGGAGGAGCAGUACAUCCUGGCUGAGAUUCACCGAAUGCCGCAAGCAAAAUGGACCACCCUCACGCAUCGGAGGCUCAUGUCUCUGCCCUCAACACUGGCCGGGCCGGCAAAGGACACUCUUUUGGCUGCGCCGCUACCAAAGUUCUUGGAACAGCCAAUCGUAAGCCGCUACAAGGCAUUGGGCAUAUUUGACCAGUCUCCCCACCAGUGCCCUAACCACGUGCUGGUCAACGAGUAUCGGCCUGGCGAAGGUAUCAUGCCUCACACUGACGGUCCAGCAUAUCACACCAUCACGGCUACUGUGAGUUUGGGAAGCCACACUGUUCUUGACAUCUACAAGAAGACCGACGAUGGCGAACGGGAAAAGAGUCCAACUUGGCGGGUGCUGCAGGAGCCAAGAAGCCUGCUAAUCACCACAGCCGGCAUGUACAAGGAUACAUUACACGGUAUCUCAGAAGUCACCAUCGACAACUCCCUUGAUUCGAAUCGCAUUGCCAACUGGUCCUUACUGGGCGAUGUCACGCCAUUCAGCUCAGGCGCCGCCGAACGGAAAACCCGCGUCAGUCUCACCUAUCGCGAUGUGCUCAAAACUGCAAAAAUUGGCGGAGCUCUCAAGUUCAUGAACAGAAGAUGA